ACAAAGAGCCUAAAGAGACAUACUAGAGCCUGGAGAACCUCUGAACAGGUAGCUUUUGGACAGGUGAUCACCAAUGGAGCUGAGUCCAUUUCAACUCUUGAUCAUCACAGGAAUUCUUCCCCACAUCCUGUCGUCUCGUUUACGUGGGUACCACCUGAUCCGGGAUAAGAUGAACUUUAAUGGCUCCUGGAAUUACUGCAAACAGAACUUCAUUAGCCUGGCUGUGGUCAACAGCCCUGAUGAACUGAAAGCAAUAACGGCUGAAGCCCAGCGGCUCGGGUUCAAGUCGGAGGCCUGGAUCGGCAUGUACAAUGAUGUGAACAGCUGGCACUGGUCUAUAGAUAAUUCCGAACUGGGGUCUGUAAGAAUGUGGUCCAAUGGCGAGCCGAACAACAACAAUGUAAAGGAAGAGUGUGUAAAAAUCGACGGUAGUGGAAAGUGGUACGAUGCCCCUUGCCAAGAUCCAAAUCAAUUUGUGUGCUAUAAUGGUAAGAAUUUAACAUCUUAUUCUUCACUAACAAACUGAAAUAUUACAAAAUGAACA